AUGGUGACAGAAAACAGGCAAGUAUUGAUCGAAACUGCUCCACAUCGAUUAGAGGCUGCGUACAAGGAUAUCUUCACCGAGGGAGCUUUGGAGUUUUUAGCGCAGCUGGUGACCGAAUUCGAUCCGGAAGUCGAACGGGUUUUGCAGAACCGUAUCCAACGUAGACUGCAGUUGGAGCAAGAUAGCUGGACUCCGGAGUUUCGGAAUGACAGUGCGGCUUUGGAUUGGACCAUCGACGAGUUGCCGGAGCGGUUGCGCAAUCGGAAACUCGAUCUGGGAGACGUAAGCCCGGCGAAUACGGUUCAUUUCAUCGAUUGUCUAUAUGCCAAUGUGCAGGGAAUUCAGGUUGAUUUUGACGACGGGCACUGUCCAACUUGGCGUAAUACGGUGCAAGGCAUAUACAAUGUGACGAAAGCCGUGCAUGGCACACUGCCGGGUGCUCCGGCAGACGUACAAUCUUUCCCAAUACUGAUGCUACGACCAAGGGCGUUUAAUAUGAUCGAACAUCACUGUAUCGUGAAUGGAAAGGAAGUGAUCGGACCACUAUUUGAUUUUGCCAUCCUUAUGUACCACAACGCUCGCACGAUGGCUAGCUUUGGAAUUGGGCCCUAUUUUUAUCUUUCCAAGAUUGAAGACCCAACCGAAACCCAGUUGUGGAACAAAAUCUUCACCUGGACAGAACAUCAGCUGGGUAUACCAAAGGGUGCGAUCAAGGCUUGUGUGUUGAUUGAAAACAUACUCUCCGCUUUCCGCAUGGAGGACAUACUGCACUCGAUUAAGGAGCACGCGAUCGGUUUGAACUGUGGCAUAUGGGAUUAUUGUGCAAGUAUCAUAGCCAAGUUUGGCAUGCGGAAAGAGUUUCUGCUUCCAGAUCGCAACAAGUAUGUUAAUAUGGGACAACCGUUCUUGAGGAAUUACAUGCGCAUGCUGAUCAACAUUUGUCACAAGCGAGGUGCUUUAGCGACUGGUGGCAUGGCGGCCAAGGUGUUACCGUUUGGUAAAGAAAAACCGGUACAAAGCGAUGAAGAAAUCAUUGCUAAUGUUAAAUUGGCCAAAUCGGUUGAAAUAGAUGCCGGUGUUGAUGGAUUCAUGAUCUACGAUCUGCGAAUGGUGGAAGCAAUCAAUGAACUAUGGGACCAGAAAAGCCAUUCCAACAAUCAGCUUAUAGUGUUGCCAAACAUAAGUCAAGUAACUGCUGGAAGUUUGCUGCAAAUUCCAAAGGGAGGUGUGACCAUCGCUGGUCUUAACAACAAUAUUACGGUGGCGUUAUUGUUCAUCUAUCACUGGCUUACCGGAAGUGGCGUGUUCUUUUUGAAUGGAGCCGUUGAGGAUUCUGCCACAGCCGAAAUCUCACGUUCGCAGCUAUGGCAAUGGAUUCGUAUGGGAGCACUUAUUGAGGACAAGGAAAGUACAAUUGUAACGCGCCAACUGGUGUACAAGAUGCUGGAUCAAAUCAUUUCAGCUGCUUAUAGAUCGUGGUGCAUAACACCAGCGGAUCGGAAGCGUUUACUGUCGUCUAAGUUCAUGCUGUUGGAUAUUAUUUCAUCUAGAAACUACAUACAGUUUAUAACGACUUACCUGAAUGACAGUCAUAAGUUUCGAACAUUGCAUAAUAAAAAUGAUGGGCUGAUGGCAAAGCUUUAA